AUGGCGCCGCAAUUCAAGAAGCUGACGGACUGCCCUGAAAAUUUAAGGGAGGCCAUCGACUGGCUCAUACAGAUCAGGCAUGGAGGUGAUGGUCAAGGUCUUGGGAAGUUGGCGAAGGCUUUGAAAAAGUUGAUUGAAAAAGUAACUGAUGAUGCUCUAAGAAGUCUUAGUGAUGAGCAAGAUGCAAAUAAUAAAUCUUCGGAUUCAGAUGCUUCUACCGAGUCGCCGUCUUCUUCGUCGUAUCAGAGUCCCUCCAAUCUGCUUGAUGAAAUUGAUAAGCGCCUUGUAAAAGUUAAAGACAAUAUUGAAGCUGAGAAAGAAAAACUUAAGAACCAUGACAUGCCGGAAACUCGUCAGGCUAUAAAGCAUCUUGAGGCUAAGUCAGAGUCCUUGGAAAUUGUAAAACAAUUUGCAAAAUUUUCCGAAAAACAUUUGAUACCUGAAGGCACUGGUAAUAUGCUUAAUAAGUUUUGUGCUGGUUUAGAGCAUUUAUUAGGUUACAACUCCGGGAUGUAUACUGGGGAUGGCAUAGUGUACGGCGAUUGUGACCGCCUCCGGGAUGCCGUUUUGAUGUUCUUUCACGGUUUGUUGGAGAGUGUGACGAAUGAUGAUAAUGUUACAACGUAUGAUGGUUACAUUGGUGAACCUAAUAAGCUUUGUAAUGUCAUUCGGAAUCUAUACUCUUCCAUAGGUCGGGGUUCUGAGGAGUUUGGAAAGCAAGUUGACAGUGUGAGUGGCUGGCUUAACAAAUAUAACGAGCAAGUCGUCACAUUAACUAAUAAAGUAAAGGAGGAAAUAUAUGAUGUAAGGAAUUUAAUUGAUAUUGAAAUUUCGUAUAUAUCAUCGCUUAAAUCUAGUAAUCUUAGAAAGAUUCAGAAUAUUUAUGGUAAUCACGUUGAUGCGGCUGUUAGCCGAAUGAAAAGUCUUAAAGGAAAUAAAAAUGGUUUUGCAGGGCUUGACAACGCAUUGAGAGAUAUGCUGAAUGUAUGUUUGGGCAAGAUCGAAACGGCGGUAGAAGUUUUAACAAAUUCUUCGAAGAAUGAGGCAUUUAUUAAGUCUCUGCAAACUCUGCAGAAUACUUUUAAGACCUUACCUGAGGACUUAGAGAGCUUUAUAAUUACGAAUUUUAAUGUCACUGUAAAAGAUCACAAAAAUAAAGUGGAGGUGUUCAAGGGAGGCAUUGAGUCUACUAUAAAUGCUCUUCGUGAUACAUUUAUGAAGGAACGUCUUAAGGUGGCUUUGACGGAUUUGAAAAAUGCUGUUAUCUGCGCGAAUACCAACGCUUUAAACAUAGGAGGUUUAAAUAAUAACGUGAUAAGAACGGCGAUUAGCGCAAUUGAACAAAGGUUGAAGACAGCAGAUGAUGUUGAGGAUAGUGCGGCUUUGUUAGGAUUGAAAACUGGAAUUAUUCAGACGCAGACGAAUCUAAUCGCAAAAGAGCUUAAUGGUGCGGCACAUGAAAACACUAAGGAGUUAAAAGAUCUGGGAGCGUCGUUUGAAGGCCCUGAUACUAUGAUUCGAGAGCAUGAAACUGAGUUGAGUAAAUUAGUUCAUCAAGCAAAAGAGAAUUUGUUACAGGCCGUCGCCUGCGCUAAAGAUAACGCCAGUAACUUGGGUGGCUUGAAGAAUAAGACGGUUGCAGCGGCGAUUGAUGCUAUUCAAAAAAAGUUGAAGGAUAUUAAUGAGGGAGCGCAGGAAAUCAAAACCUUUCAAGAUCUUAAAAACCUCAGAAGCCACAUUAUUGAUGGGCAGAUUGCGAAGAUUGCUGGAGCGCUUAAUCCGGAUACCAGGGCAUUGGGUGUUAAAAGUGGUUUGCAGCAAUUGGCUACAUCGAUUGAAGCGCCUGAAAAGACAUUUAAUAGACUUCAUCAAGUUAGUUUGAAAGAAUUGACUGAAGCAGCCCAACAGUCUUUGGAAAACAUUAUUGCGAAAGCUCAUGAAUGCAUUACGACUCAUGGGGGGAUAAAUAAUAAAACUGUUAAGAAGGCUAUUGAGAAAAUUCAGGACAAGUUGGCUAAAGAAACCGAUAGUGUCGUUACUAUGAAGGCUCUUACGGAGUUGAAAACCAGUUUUAUGGAUGAUGAAAUAAAGAGUAUUACGAUGAUCCUUAAUAAGAGCGCUUUGACUUCGAAUGUUAUAAGUGGUUUAGCAGGUAAUACAACGUCGAUUAAAGCUCCCGAAAAAAUAUUUAGUGAUACGCAUAAAACUACAUUGGACAAUUUGGCUAGUAAUUCCCAGGACGAUUUACAGAACGCCAUAGACAACGCCAUAAAAUAUGUUGAGUCAUCGCAAGGUUCUUUGCAGAAGAAGAUUGACAAGGCUUUCGAACAAGUUAUUAAGUCAACGGAUAGGAAAACCCAGGCUAAAGAGUUGGCACAGAGGAUGGCAGCUUCGCUGAAGGAUGUAAAGAAUGGGAUUAAUGAAAGUUACAGCGAAAGCAGCCAUAUUGAAGGCAAAUUUACAAAAUUGGACAAUUAUAUCGAAAACAUGAAGGGUGGUUAUGAAGCUAAACUUCAAACAGAUUCCACCAACGAUGAUUCCGAAAUUAAACGCUGGGCAACAAGUACAAUCUCUCUUAUUAUCACCAACUCCCUAACAGAGGCCAACGACACGAUCACCAAGGCAGACAAGGAUUAUAUGACGGCAGUGAAAGCGCAGCUUGUGCAGAUUAAAUCAAAAAUUAGCCAAUUUAAAAAAAACGCUGAUAUCAAUCAGCUUGUAGAUGCCACCUCUAAUAUUGUCACUCACUUUGCCUCCAUACAAUCCGCCAUCAAAACAAAAUCCGUAUAUGAGGCAGACAAAAUCGACCGCGAAACCUAUUUCAACAACCUAAUGCGGCAAACUACCGACACAGUUUCCAUCCUAAAAGCUGCUUUUCAGAAGGCCUACCAGAGCUCGGCGAAAGCUUAUCUCAGUGGAGCUAUUAAGGAAAUUAAGGAGAAGAUUGUGACAGCUGAAGGUCUAUACCAGCAGGCGGUUUUAGAACUAAUUCAAAAGAUUGAAUCUACGGUUAGUGCGAUGGAGGAUAAAGCAGAUCGUGAUAUGCUUGGAGACUUUCACACAUCACUGAAACACUUUGAGGAUAUACAAUCCGCCAUCACCACUAAGUCAGUUUUCUCCGAAGACAUCAUCGAACGCCAACACUUUUUCGUAAACCUCAAAUCUCAAAUUACAAACACAGUUUCAACUCUGCAUGAGGCCUACAAAAAUGCGUACAAGAGUUCAGCCAAGUCCUAUCUGAGCGGAGCGAUUAGGGCGAUCAGGGAAAAGGUGGAUGAGGCGGAGGAAGUUUAUAUUAGAGUGAUUGAUGUGCAAUUGGGGCAGGUUACGUUUACUCAACUUGACGAAACCAGUUUCAAAGCUAAAAGUGCAAGGGAUGAUAUAAGUGCAAAUCUCGUUAAACCUUUCAAUAAGUUGCAAGACGCUGUACAAGCAAAUUCUGCAUUCGAAGAUGAUUACCGUGAACGUAAAAGAUGUUUCAACAAUGUCAAAAAAUUGAUUGAAAUCACAGUUACCUCUCUCUCCAUCGCCUAUAAGGAGGCAUAUCAAAAAUCGGCCAAGAGUUAUCUCAGCAAUGCUAUUAAAGAAAUUAAAGACAAAGUUAAAAAGGCGGAGCAAACAUAUCAAAAACGCGUUGAAGAAGAAGUUCAGAAGGUUUUUGCCAGGUUUAAAGAAGUUAACGAUUCUAAUUUCAAAGAUAAUGAUGCGAGAGAGGGAUUAAAACGAUUUUUCGACGAUGAAUUCAAUAAUCUGUAUAACGCUAUUCAGAAUAAUUCCGCUUUCAAAAAAGAUAACGCCAGUCGUAUGAGCUGUUUUGAAAAUCUCAAAAAAAUAGCAGAUAAUUCAGUAAGAACUCUCGUAAGUGUCAGUGAGAAGUUUGAGAUAUGCGUAGCAUCGGCAAAGGCGUAUCUUGAUAAAGCCUUUACUGACGCCGAAAGUGGGAUAAAAGAGCUGGGUAUAACCAUUAGAACUGAAGUAAAUAGCGCAUUCGAACAAAUUAUUGCUGAAGUCUACAGUAUGUUUGCUGACGAACGCAAAGCGAGCCUAAAAGCUGUAAAAUCUUUAGUUGACAAACAGUCGAUGAAGGUGGGGAGCAUAAUCGAAAAGGACAGAAUAACCGGUAUUAAAGGCUUACUGCGCUGGAUAAGUGAUAAAAUUGUAAAUCUAAAAAAGGAUGAUUUCAAAGAGAUUGUUUCCACCAUCCAAGCGUUCCACAAGGAGAUUUAUAGGUAUUUCAAAUACCAAAUUGAUGGUUUUGAUGAUGAGCAAGAUGAAGACGAUUCUGGAUCGCAAAGGCAUCCUCAAAGUCAAGAUGAACGUUCCAAAAACGGACUGCCUGCGCGACCUGCUCCACCUACAGUGCUAAGGCAGAACGGAGAUCCAGUCCCAGGCCGUGUUGGUAUGACACGUCCGACCUCGGCCAGAGGCCAAACUUUCACUUCUGUUUCUAGCCCAAAGUGUCCUAUUGAGCAUUAUAUUGACGGAGUUGAGUAUCACUCUGCGCGAAUGUUUACUGCAUUAUCAGUCGGCAGGUUCACCCAUCAGUCGAGAACUAUCUGCAAUGAUUUCAUGAAAUUCCUUGAAUCAAUGCGUCCGUUGAACUUCGGCGGAAAUUCCGAUCCUUUGCUAGACAUCGUGAAGUCCGGAAUUCAGUCUUUCCUUACAGAGCUUAAGAGAGCGUACAUUUCGGCGUACUGUGGAUCGGCGCAUGAUUUCAAGUGGGAGAUUGAUGGUGACAAUUGCGCUAAAAUUUUUCUUACUAGUAUCCCUGAUAUGCAACUUCAUUUAGAUGAAUUGAAGAACAAAUGUAAUCCACAGGUUAAGCGUUGGAGUGAAAACCAAAUUAACCUAAUGACAGACCCGGGAAAAUUCUUUGCCUAUCACGGCUAUAUUGUCUCUGAACGCCACAAGCAGAAUGGGGAGUUGCAAAAUAAAUGCGGCUUCUGGGGCAAAACCAUUUAUGAACGCCUCGUCGGUGAAGGUGAUAAGCAUGUUUACAGCAGUAAUCCAAACAACCUCGAAAGGCUCUACACCUUCGUCGAUAGGUACAGAAGAGUGUGUCAUCUUAAAUGUACUGAAUCACCUAAGCCUCCAACUACCAUAAACCAGAUGCUCCAUUGGCUGUGUGGCCUAUUUUACACUCCCAUGUUUAAUAAAUUGAAUAAGUACUUUGAGACAUUGUUCGAUGAAACAACGGGUAAGGAAUUCAAAGUCACAUUUCCGGCGAGGACUGGCAUGAAUAUUAUCCAGAAAGUAAACGCUGCAUAUUUAACUGGCAUGUUCAACAAUGUUGCCCUUGCCUCAUAUAAGAUCCUUGUUGCCAUCCUUGGGUACGGCGACGCCGACGGCCGGUACGCCUGCGACUUUUAUACUAACCCACAUGAUCUCGAAUAUCCCACCAACACAGAUAAAUGCUUCGACUUGCUUGUAGAAAUAUUGCUAAGACUGAACCAUCAAAUACGUUUCCUAUUUAAGCAGUGCCACAAUGGCUCCACGGCGUAUGGUUGGCGUGAUUGUCUCUACGGCAAGGGCGUCGGCGGGUCACGUUGGCAGUGCAAUGACCUUCAAUGCACGGAGUGUGUUAGCGGUAAAGGGUGCAAAACCCAUCCCACUUGUGGUAUAAAAUCGCCCCUGCAAUCCUUCUUAGAGGACGGGUUACCUGGGUUCUUGCCGCAUAAGUUCGAAAAGCCUGAUUGUAAGAUAACAUGUUCUCUUGCCAACCACAACGGAAUCCCGUGUAAGACGCCGAUGGGUUUCCGGGACCUGAGUAUAACUGCGUCUCAUAUACGGACCGGUCAGCGUAUUAAGGAUGUGCUUGAGGGCUUUUGCGGUAAAACGCAUGAAUCGUUGAACCUACUUUGCGCCUAUUUGCUGUGUCUACUGCGCCGACCACCGCAGACGCUGGGUGACAUGUUCGCAUUUUACCAUAACUUCCUCGAACACUGGAAGGGCGACUCUGGUUACAGAGACCACGCACAAGUCAAGCAGCAUAAGCAUGAUGCUUUCGACGAGGCCGUCAAAAGAGCCAACUUCGGAAUAACCGACACAACGUUGGAAAUUACUAGCAUACAAUACACCAAAGUUCAUGACCCUAAGAAUUCCGACCAGAAAAGUUCCCAUCCUGAAGGCGAUCUGUUCAGCCUUUUAGCUUGCGAUGCUAAUUCAACACCAGCUCUCCCUUGUGGCCGAUAUGUACAGCCUCUUUCUCUAGACGUCCGCUGCAUUUUUUCCAAAACUUAUGCUGACCUGUACCUAUCCUGGGUCGUAUACACAACGGAGGCAUUCUAUAAAUUACUUGAAAAAUUAUGGAAGGAAUGUUGUGGAAACUGCAAUACGCCGGGAAACAGAUGUUUUGAUAAAAGCUGCAUUAAAACAUGCCCAGUCAAGUACACCAAUGAAACUGGGAUUUCCAUCACUCCACCUCCUAACACCAAACACGAAGCGUUAUGCAACUCAAUUGUCAACUGCCAAGACAGCCAUCAGACACUGUUUAAAUAUGGUUUCACGUUCGGGAGCCCUUAUGACUUAAGUGGCGCGAAUGACGGAUUGGAAAAGAAACGAACGUGCCAAGAUUUUUGCAACGCGCUGGCCAAAGUAUGCGAUGGUAAAUCAGUCUUAGCCGAACUAGUCCGAAUCAAAAUUCCAGCAUUUUUAUGGGCAAUCAGAGAGAAAUUCUUUUACACCCUCGUCGCCCUCUGGCUCCUCUCUUUGUUGUACCUGCUCCACAUCAUGGUCAUCCGCCUCGACCUGCUCCACAUCAAAUCGCAUUUACAUUCACCAUCAUCACAUCGCAUCGCCGCGCAAUCACUACUCGCCGCUGCACGUGUUGGCAAACUUGCCAAGCUCACCUACCUGCAACCUUGA